GUUAUUUAGAUCAAAGGCUGCACUUCUCCCAACACUUACCUUGUGUACUCUGAUAUACGACAACAAGUCUCUCGCUCGACCGGCUCCACCUUUCCUCAGGCUGAGGUGUCAACGCCGAUUCGUCUCAAAAGCACAAGCCCCUCGAGAGCUGUUUUCAAGAUGGGUUUUAAAUCGCCCUAUCCUUCGUUGGAAAUACCGAAGACGAAUGUCCUUUCCUACCUUUUCCCCGAGAACUCAACACCAUCUAGCGAGCCUCUCUGGAUCGAUAGCGAAGAUGACCGCAUCAAUCUGUCGCCACGACAAAUGCUACAGUGGGUGAAAAGAGUUGGCAUGGGCCUUCAGAACCUUGGACUUCAAAACGGGGAUGUCGUUAUGAUGUGCACACCAAACCAAAUAUUCGUGCCGGUGGCCUACCUUGGCACUGUGUCUGUCGGGUGCAUCUUUAGUGGCGCCAACCCAGCAUACACAGUUCCUGAGCUUGUCCACCAAAUGACUAACACCGCGGCCAAGGUGGUGCUUGCUCACCCAGCUCACAUCAAACGGAUUCUUGAGGCGGUUGACAAAACUAAUAUUCCCCGGAGCCGGGUUUUUCAGUUCUCAGAGAAUGAAAACGAAUCACGAGAUGGAGUCCCAGAUUGGAGGCAAAUGCUUGGCAGUCCGAACCAGGCAGAUUCUUAUCGUUGGCCAGAACUUGACGCGGAAGAAUCGACCAGAACGAUUGCAACCAUCAAUUAUUCCUCGGGGACUACCGGACUUCCCAAAGGAGUGUGCGUCUCUCAUUAUAACCUAAUAGCCAACGUCGAACAGACAAUCUUCAUGAGAUACGUAGAAAAGCCUUACAGUUUUGCGCGUCGGCCGCAGGAGAGGUGGAUCGGGUUCUUGCCCCUCUAUCACGCCUACGGUCAGCUUUACGCCAUACUCAUGGCCAUGAGGUUGAGCAUCCCUAUUUAUGUCAUGAAAGAGUUCCGAUAUGAGGACUUUCUCUUCGCGGUGAGCAAGUUCAAAAUUACAACCUUGCAGGUGGCGCCGCCAGUUUUGGUGAUGCUUUCGAAGCGUCCAGAAACUGCCCGUUACGACUUAUCAAGCGUCAAGGAAAUGCUCUGUGGAGCUGCUCCGUUAUCGCGAGAGCUUCAGAACGAGUGCCAAAGAAGAUUUUCGAUGCAGAUCAACCAAGGAUGGGGGAUGACGGAAGUGACUUGUGGAGGUAUCGUGGUCCCUGGUGGUGUCAAGGAUGACAAUGGCAGUGUUGGCAAGUUGAUUCCGAACUGUGAGUGCAAGUUGAUCGACGACGAGGGCAAGGAGGUUGGCGUUGGUCAACCGGGCGAGCUCUGCAUCCGAGGUCCCAAUAUCUGUCUUGGUUACUGGCGCAACGAGACUGCCACCCGGGAGAUGCUGGACCAAGACGGAUGGCUUAAGACUGGAGAUGUCGCCGUCUGCAACGAGGAAGGCUAUUUCUGGAUCGUGGAUCGAAAGAAGGAACUAAUCAAAGUAAACGCUCUGCAGGUCGCCCCCGCCGAGCUGGAGGCCGUCCUGUUAGAAAACGAACAUGUCGCAGAUGCUGCCGUGGUUGGAAUUGCCAUUGACGGAAACGAGUGGCCCAGAGCCUAUGUUGCCAUCCAAGACGUGUCGAGAGGGAAUGUCAAGCCCGAAGACAUACAAGAAUGGGUCAAGCGGCGUGUUUCCAAGCACAAGGCGCUGGUAGGCGGCGUGGUGUUCGUCGAUGAGGUUCCAAAGCUGGCCAGCGGGAAGAUCCAGAGGAAAGUGAUGCGAGAGUGGUCCAAGAGGGAUGCUGCGGUCUUAGCAGAGUCGAAAGGACCCAAGUCGCGCUUGUGACGUCCUAUGCUAUUGCGCAUAUACCUAGGUCGGCAAAGUCUUCCAAUAUCGCUCCUGGUCAGAGCUCCCGAGGGUUUGAUAGGCGACGUAAGCCCGUCUUGGUGUCUCCGGGCCUUUCAACCGACCGUUUUUACCAACGGAGUCGCAAGGCAUUGCGGGUGUUCGUAUGUACAAGCCCGGUACAUAACAGCGCUGGUUCCAGACGGAGCUAUCCACAAUUUCGACGGCCAACGUGGCUAACUGCUGGUUGGCAAAGAAACUUCUCACCCCCUUCAUCCCGGAGCGACACUGGGUUCGCACAACUUCAGGGCACAGCCCCGAGGAACACCCAUCUGAAGUAACUCGGAAGGCUAGCUAUUCUCAACGCCACAGCGUGUAGUAUGUACGGUACUUUCAUCUUCCUAUAACCAGCCUGGUAUAACCUUCAAUGGCCGAUAGAUGCCCUCCAGCUCGUUCCAAUCACCCGCCACACCUGCUCCUCGUCGUCGGCAUCAUCAUUGAAUCUCAGUCGGAUGAGGCUUCAUAACCU